GUGGUUCUAGUACUAUGUAAUUGCUACGGGCUCACUGCGGAGGACUCCAUGUGGCCCUAGGGGGGAAAUACAUCAUGAUUAUGGCUACAAUAUCCUUUCACUCCUUCCCCUAACAGCUCUGCCACUGAAUCAUGGCGUCACCAUCUGAGGAGAAAAGAAGGACCCAUGUCAUCACUAUAGAUCCAGAUGAAACUGUCUUGACUGCCUUUCCCUACAGACCUCAUAACUCUCUGCUGGAUUUCCUGAAGGGGGAGCCAAAAGUUUUGGGGGCUAUCCAGAUUCUUCUUUCUCUGAUCAUUGUGGGCCUUGGGAUUAUAUUAGCAUUUAAUUUCAUCUUUUUCUCCAAAAAAUUUCCUCUCGUGAUCCUCACAGGAUAUCCAUUCUGGGGAGCAUUUAUUUUUUUCUUGACAGGAUUCAUCUCAGUGUUCGAUGAUAAAUCAAGACAAAUUCUGGGACAAGGAAUCAUGACCAUGAAUAUCUUCAGCUCACUGGUUGCGUUAGCUGGGAUGGCCUUGAUCUUCAUCAGCUUCACACAGCAGCACAAAUUCUGUCAGGCGCCCUCCCUCGAAGGAACAUGUGUUGUAGGCAGAACACUUCUCCUUGGAAUUCUGUCAGUCUUAUUAAUCAUCACCAUAGCAGAGUUCAGCAUAUCUGUGACUAUUGCAUCCUUAAGAAGCAAGUGCUGGACCAGUUCAAGAGAGGCUGUAUUCUUUUUUCCUUCAGAAGUUCCUCAAAAUACUGAACAGCCUGUGCCAGAAGAAAAUAAUCAAUUACAAUUUGAGUUUCAAGGAAAAUCUCCCAGUGGUAAUGCAGAUUCAAACAUAAAAACCAUUUUCUUAGGGGGUUAUGCUUUCUUCAAGUUAAGAGUCUCAAGAAAUCCUUCAGCUCCCACAGCUCCCAAAAAUAUCCCACAGAAAAGUGAUAAGGGUACAUCUUCUAUGCGUGUUCCAGAUGAACAAGAGACUAUUACUCAACUCCCACAAGAGGAAAAAACUAAACUGAAUGCUUUACCUCCCCCAUUAACACCAAAGUCUUCAGAAAAUAUUCCUUCUCCAAAAGAGUCUAGAAGCAAUAACCUGAAAGAUGAGGACCUAGAAGCUAUUACACCUCAAACCUCUGAUCUGCAACCCAAAUUGCUUGACAACCAAAAUGUGUCACUUGCAACUCUUAAAACUCCAUCCUCACAUGAUUUCCUCCCUUUGUUACCUGACACUUUAUCAUCCCAAACAUCAAUGGCAGGUCUGUCAACACAAGUUUUACGCUCUAAACCCCCAUCAUCCCGUUUUUCUUAUGAUCUGACAUCUGAAGACUUGCCUUUUGAAGACAUGCCAUCUCAAGACAUACAAUUCCAAGAUACGCUAACUCAAGACCUACCAUUCCAAGAGACUCUAUCCCUAGGGACUCCAUACCAAGAGCUGUCAUUCCAAGAUAUACUAACAAAAGACAUGUCAUUCCAAGAUACUCCAUCCCAAAAGACUCCAUCCCAAGGAACCCCAUACCAAGAUACCCUAUCCCAAAAGACUCCAUCUGAAGCAUACCAAGAUAUCCCAUCCCAAAAGACUCCAUCCCAAGGAACCCCAUACCAAGAUAUCCUAUCCCAAAAGACUCCAUCUGAAGCAUACCAAGAUAUCCUAUCCCAAAAGACUCCAUCUGAAGCAUACCAAGAUAUCCCAUCCCAAAAGACUCCAUCCCAAGGAAGCCCAUACCAAGAUAUCCUAUCCCAAAAGACUCCAUCUGAAGCAUACCAAGAUAUCCCAUCCCAAAAGACUCCAUCCCAAGCAACCCUAAACCAAGACAUCCCAUCCCAAAAGACUCCAUCUGAAGCAUACCAAGAUAUCCCAUCCCAAAAGACUCCAUCCCAAGGAACUCCAUACCAAGAUACCCUAUCCCAAAAGACUCCAUCCGAAGCAUACCAAGAUAUCCCAUCCCAAAAGACUCCAUCCCAAGGAACCCCAUACCAAGACAGUCUAUCCCAAAAGACUCCAUCUGAAGCAUACCAAGAUAUCCCAUCCCAAGAUAUCCCAUCCCAAAAGACUCCAUCCCAAGAAACUCCAUACCAAGAUAUUCUAUCUCAAAAGACCCCAUCUCAAGAAACUCCAUACCAAGAUACACUAACUCUAGACAUACCAUCCCAAGACACUCAAGCUGUAGAGACUCCAUCACAAGAGAUUCCCUCCCAAGAUACUACAUCCCAGGAUAUGAAAUACCAAGAUCUACUGUCUCAAGACAAACUAUCCCAGAGCACACAAACCCAGGAUUCAGCACCCCAUGACAUGUCUUUCUCAGAUCUUCAAGUAUCAAACACUCAAGUUCAAAGCCAACAAUAUCCAGAAAUAAUUUAUAGGGACAUUCGAACAGAAGUAAUGGAGUUGACUCAAGAAUGGAAGUCUGAUACAGGCAAGAAAACCCCAAGAAGACUUUCCUUAUCCUUGAAAGGCACACAUGAAAAAGUCUAUCCCAAGAGACAUUCCCUGGACCUGCAAAUCAAAGGUGACAAACCCCCAAGGAGAUAUUCUGUAGACUUACAAAGGAAAACUUCAAGACGGAAAUCCAUAGAUCAGCAAAUCAAAGCCUGGCUAUCCCCAAAGAAGCACACCACAGAGAAACAAGAUGCAUAUACUCAAACCUCAGAGCAAUUCCUAGAGCAAGCUGGUCAGCAGCAGGCAGAUGAGGAGGAGGUCCCAGUACAAGAAUCCCAAGAUCAGCAAAGCAAAGACCAAAAAUCUGUAGAGGAACUAUACCCAGAAGAACAGCUUAAUAACAAAGAGGAAGAAGAUCAGGAGUCUAAUAAAGAGCAACCUCCAGAAGAACAAGCUCAAGUUCAACAAGCUGAAGACCAGCAGCCCCAAGAGCAGAAAGCCCCAAAGAGCCAGUCCUCAAACUGGCAACAAAGACAACAAGUGCUAGUAAGGAGAGUCCCAAUGCAGUCAUGUGAGGACUGGGACUCCCAAAGCUUUCAGUUCACAGAAAAGUCAUGUUCAUACUGGUCAACUUCAUCCUGGCAGCCUGCUAGCCUGGGAUCCCAAGACUGGAGAAGUCAAGGCUGGAGAAACAAAGAUUGGAAAGCACAAGAAUGGCAGUUCGAAAUACAUCCUUCCCUAGACUGGGAAUCCCAAGAGCUAUUAGAGAGAGAAUCCUUAAGGCAAAGGGCACUAUACCAAGAAAUCCAACCCCGCAGCACCAUAGUCCAAUACACCCAAGAUCAUCAAUUGCGUAACUUUAUAUUUCAAGUAGGUCUGUGUCAAGGUAACGACCAACAAGAUUCUGAAUCUAGUGUUGUAAGAGGAGAUACAUAUGCAGAUGAUGUACAAACAAGAGACAGAGAACCUGGAGACACAGAAGAUACAUGCCAGAAACCAAAAGAUGAGCAGUCAGAAGACAUGAGGCCAGAUAAUUAUCCUGCUUCUUGUCAGAGCCUGGUUCCAUACACAUAUGUAACCUGUUUAUCCAAUAUAGCUUCAGAGCAAGAGGUGCAAAACAGUACAUCACCCCAUUCAUAUUCAUCCAAAGAUCUGAAUGCUACUUCUUCCUCAUGUUGUCAGAGAGAUCAACCUCAAUCUGAAGAUUCAGACUAACAUGCAUAUCUAACCAAAAACCACAGAUCCCAGAUAAUGGAGCCAGAUGAGGAUGAAGUGGUUGAUUUUUCCCUAACCUGUCUUCUCACCUGUGCUUGCUGUCUAAUUCACUCACCAGAGUAAAGGGCAUGCAGGACCUACAAAGAACUCAUUCCUUUUAAAAGCAAAAUGACAACAAGUCAAAUGUUAAGACUAUAUCAAAACCUUCUGGGAGUGAAGAAAUAAAUGUCAUCUAAGCUGUAAAA